UUCAAGCCAUGGAUAUUUGUGGUAUGUGUCAUGAAGAAAAAGAGGCACGUUGGGACUUUAAGGUUGUUUCAAAGAUGUACAAUCUCAAAUUUCUUAGAGUUCGUGGUAUUUUGCUUGAACCCAAACAUCUUCCUACCAAUUUAAGAAUUCUUGAUUGGAUUCAAUAUCCUUCAAAAUCAUUGCCAUCAAGUAUCCAACUAGAUGAGCUUGUUCAACUUUAUUUACCACAAAGCAAAAUUGAACGACUUUGGAAACGAAUAAAGAAUUAUGACAAGUUGAAGAUCAUUGACUUGACCAGCUCUUCAGGCCUAAUUAUAACCCCAGACUUCACUGGAGUCCCAAAUCUUGAAAAAUUAGUUCUUCAAAAUUGUACAAAUUUACGUGAGCUUCACCCAUCUAUUGGAAUUCUUAAAAAGCUGAUUCUUCUUAAUUUGGGGGGUUGCAAAAAACUAAGUCGUCUUCCAAGCAAGUUUGAAAUGGAGUCUCUCGUGACCCUUAACCUUUUUGGUUGCUCAAGACUUAAGAAAAUUCCAGAUUUUGUGGGAAACAUGGAAUGCUUACAAAAGCUUUUUCUGGAUUUCACUGCAAUUGUGGAACUACCUUCAUCAGUUGAAGGCUUGAUUGGCUUGACUUCAUUGACUUUAAGUUAUUGCAAAAAUCUUGUGUGUCUUCCUAGUAGCAUUUGUAGUUUGGAAUCGCUUAAAUAUCUUGAUCUUUCUGGGUGCUCAAAAUUUGACAACUUGCCAGAGAACCUAGGGAAUGCCAAAGGCCUAAAGAAGCUUUAUUUGAGGGGAACAGCUAUAAAAGAGAUGCCUUCAUCAAUUGAACAUUUGAUAAGCCUUACUUUAUUGACUCUUAAAGAUUGUAAAAAUCUUGUUUGUCUUCCAUGCACCAUUUGUAGUUUAAAGUCGCUUGAAUUCUUUGAUCUUUCUGGAUGCUCAAAAUUUGAAAAUUUGCCAGAGAACCUAGGAAAUCUCAAAGGUCUGAAAAAGCUUCAUUUGAGUGGAAUAGCUAUCAGGGUGCUACCUUCAUCAAUUGAACAUUUGACAAGCCUUAGUUUAUUGACCGUAAGGGAUUGCAAAAAUCUUGUGUGUUUUCCUAACACAAUUCGUAGUUUGAGGUUAGGUAAUUCUCUUGAUCUUGUUGGAUGCACAAAAUUUGAGAACCUAGGGAAUGUCGAAGGUCUGUAUAAGCUUGAUUUGAGUGGAACAGUUAUAAAAGAACUGCCUUCAUCAAUUGAAUAUUCGACUAACCUUAAUUUCUUGAUUCUAAAAGAUUGCAAAAACCUUGUGUGUCUUCCUAACACCAUUUGUAGCUUGAAGUUGCUUAAUUAUCUUGAUCUUUCUGGAUGCUCAAAAUUUGACAACUUGCCAGAGAACCUAGGGAAUGUAGAAGGGUUGGAGUUGCUUAAUUUGAGUGGAACAGCUAUAAAAGAGAUUCCUUCCUCCAUUGUUCAACUUAAAAAUCUCAAAGAACUACAUAUUCAUCGAUGGAAAGGGACAUUAUUGUCAUUUGAUUCCAUGCUAACAAGUCAUGUUCUCGAGGGUCUAUCAUUGCCUUCCUUAUCUGGUCUGCAUUCUUUAAGAUAUUUGGAUCUUUGUGACUGCGAUAUGUUGUCAAUCCCCAAUGAUAUUGGCUGCUUGUCUUCUUUAGCAGACUUAAAUCUAAGUGGAAAUAAUUUUGUUUCCCUUCCUGAAAGCAGCUCUCAACUCUCUAACCUUCGAAGACUCCAUUUGGAAGGCUGCAAGAGGCUUCAAUCAUUGGAAAAUGUUCCAUCAACUAUUGAGUGUUUAAUUGCAAACAAUUGUACCUCACUGGAGAGAUUUCCAAAACUACAGAAUGCUCCCUUCGGGUCGUAUCACUCCGAGUUGUGUUUCCAAUAUCUCAACUGCCUCAAAUUGGUUGACAAUUUUCAAAGUGGCUGUUACUUGCUUCAGGUUUCUCUCUCUCUCUCUCUCUCUCUCUCUCUCUCUCUCUCUCUUCUAAACAUUAUGCUUUGUAUAUAUCAGGGACAAAGUGGUAGACUGCCAGACAAGUUAGAAAUUAUUAUUCCUGGAAGUGAAAUUCUAGAAGGGUUUAACCACGAAAUUAUGGGCCAUAAAGUGAACUUACAAGUGCCUUGUGGGUUUGAUGAGCUGAUGGGAAUUGCAUUGUGCGUUGUUUUUGAACGCGACGAGCCUCAUCAAUACCCUAGAGAUUGUCAACUUUCAUGUUUGUUGAACGUCAAUGGAUGUCAAAUUAAAAACCCAGAAGUGUUUAAAUUUACAGAAAAAUAUGGUAAAGUUGAAUCGCAUCACCUUUGGCUGCUCUACUUGUCCUCUUGCUAUUUGUCCUGUUACCGUGACUCUGGCUCCGAUUGGAAUAAAGCAUGUAGUCAAACUGAUGCGAACGGAUUCUAUCAACUUAAUAUUGAAAUAUCUUCCUGGAACUUGAAGGUGGAGAAAAUUGGGUUCUCUUUGUUAUCCAAUAAAACUAUGUCACAAUGCAUCAACAACAGCGGCAUACCAUUUGAGGAUCUGGGUGUUCUCCAUCAUGAUCUUGACAAUUCAGACUGCAAAAACAAGCAAAGUCUUGAUGAGGAUGACAGGGCUGGACCUAGUGGAGAAGGCUACUAUCAUGAGAAACUACAACCAAAGAAGAUUCAAAGACUCGGAGGAUUUAUGACUGAUUCUGAGGAUUCUAGUCAGAGGGAAUUUUUCAACUUCUUUGCCAUGCAAGGAGAGGAUCAAAGGUCCAAGAAACUUGAAUCCAUUCACGGAGGGAAGCAGGAUAGUUGCCAAGACAUUGAAGAUCCCAAUCAAACAAUAACACAGUUAAGCAUCAACAGCAGGACACUCUAUGAAGAUCUGGGUGAUCUCCGCCAUAAUCUUUGCAAUUCAGCCACAGAAGGUAGCAGAAAUAAGCGACGCCAUGAUGAGGAAGAUGGGGCUGGACCUAGUGGAGAAGCCUACUCUAACAACGAACCACAUUCAAAGACUUGGAGGAUGUAUGGCUGACUCUAAAGAAUUUAGUAUUAGGAAUGUUUCGACUUCUUUGCCUGAGAGUGCUACUAUAAUGAGGAUCCAAAGCCAAAGUGGAUUCAAAACUCGAAGGAUUAAUGGCUGAUUUUGAAGAAUCUAGUGAAAAUGACCUGGAAGGCUAAUCGUUUGCUGUUCAUUACCUGUGGGAAUAACACAAAUUUUUUCUUGUUGGUGAACUUUUAUUUAAUUAAUGGAAGGAUGGGAUCAAACGUCUAAGAAGCUUGAAGCCUUUGCCAAAGUGGAUAGUUACAAGAGCGUCAACGUUGAAGUAUUAGCCGAGUAGCUAUGCUCCUCUCACACUCACCUUGGGCUCUUGCAAAAGUGGUCAAGGAACCAAAAUGGUCAAGCAUUUAAAUUAACUGUCAAUUUGCUCUUAUUAUUGAUUAAAUCUUUUUUUU